UGUGUGGAGACUCAGGCGCACCGCUUUUACGCACUACAACUCAUUCCCACAAAAGUGUUGAAUAGACCUACUUAAAUACGUUCACACAGCAGCAAAGCAUUGCUUUUAGUAAAAGUCACUCACUGUGUGUACCAAUAAGCCAUUAUGGAGGAGAAUCUAACUUUGUCUGGUCGUGAUUACUUGGACUUACACAUUUAUGCGCAGAAACUUCUGAAGCAUGGAAACCUCUCUUUUUCGGCUCACGCGAACACUACAGAGGCGGAAAUCCAGGAGGAUAGCUUGGAUGUGAACACUGAUAUCUACUCCAAGGUGCUGGUCACUGUAAUAUACGUGAUUCUUUUUCUGAUCGGCUGUUUGGGAAACUCUAUCACAUUAUACACCUUACUCACAAAGAAAUCUCUCCAGAACCUCCAGAGCACGGUUCACUAUCACUUGGCGAGUCUCGCUAUUUCGGACUUACUCAUCCUCAUUCUCAGCAUGCCAAUCGAACUGUACAACUUUAUCUGGGUGCAUCAUCCGUGGGCUUUCGGUGAAGCUGUCUGCAAAGGUUAUUACUUUCUCCGCGACGGCUGCUCGUAUGCCACAGCAUUUAACAUCGCGAGCCUGAGCGUGGAACGUUACAUGGCUAUCUGUCACCCAUUCAAAGCCAAGAGUAUCAUGUCUCGAAGCCGGACCAAGAAACUCAUCACUGGGAUGUGGGUAGCCUCUUUCCUCCUGGCAACGCCAAUGCUCUUUACAAUGGGACAGCGAUUGGAAAACUCUGAAAAUAUAUGUACCACAAUCGUGUCGUCUUUCACAACUAAGACAGUCAUACAGGUAAAUGCCUUCCUUUCAUUCGUCGUUCCCAUGACGCUGAUAUCGGUGCUGAAUGGAGUGAUUGCCAGUCAGCUGCUGCGGAUGUUCCGGGAAUCGGCCCAGGACAACCGCAUCUGCAUCGUCGGGGGCAACGCAACCAUGCUGAGUGUUGCCGUGGAGCCCAACCGCACCCAGUCGCUGCGUCACGGAGUCAUGGUUCUGCGUGCUGUGGUUAUCGCGUUUGUGGUGUGCUGGCUGCCCUAUCACGCACGAAGACUCAUGUUCUGCUACGUCACACAGUGGACUGUUGGCCUGUACGACUUCUAUCAUUACUUCUACAUGGUGACUAACGUGCUGUUCUACGUGAGCUCGGCAGUGAACCCAGUGCUCUACAACCUGGUGUCGGCCAACUACCGUCAGAUCUUCUUCUCCACGCUGCGCUGUUUCUUCAUCCCCUGCCGCCAGAAGAAGCAGCGUCGCGGCCUCACCAGGCACUCCAUCAGCGUCUGCAGCAACCAGACCUUCUCCACCAACGUCGUCAAGGAAACCGUGUACUGACUAGGUGUCGUGCUGAUCAGAAUCUCCGUUCCAUUCCAUAGCCCAGAAUUCGCUGAACAGACACUUGACUUGUGUGUGAAAUAAACGUCCUUGAGGGUACACGUGUAGGGUUUUCAGUGCGUAGCGCAAGCUGAAAGGUGUGUAUGUGUGUGUGUGUGUGUCAGACAGAGAGAGAAAAAUGACAUUCAUGUUAGAAGUGUUCGGUUUCAUCGUCUCAUCAAAACAGCCCACCUUGUGUCAAGCGCUGGACGGUUUGUAAAUAUCACACACAUAUUGGAAUAUUGUAGUUUCAGGAUUUUUUUCCCUCUUAGUUUCAGCGUGGUGUAGUCAUCAUGGUCAACAGAAAAAUAAUUGGACACAGUGCGGACACACACUGAUGACGCAGCUCAGAAAACCAGACAAACUCUUGACAAUCAGGACUGAGUAGACUGAUGACCGCUGGCUCUCACCAGGUACCCUCUCCCGUCCAGCACACUAACAUCAUUUCCACUUGAGGCAUUGACACAAAAGAGUUGGAGAGAUACUAUGUGCCUCCCCAGGCACUGAAAUGCACUGAAAUUCAAUCCCAUCUUGGACCCAGGGUGCCAUCCAUUUCUCAAAGACAGCCGUACAUUCAAAUCAGUCUGGGCACUGCUCACCAGUGCUGCAGCAAGGAGGGACAUUUAAUAGGGAAGGUAUGGAGGUCUGUUUCAAUGACUGUGUGCACACUGCAGUGUGUCAUUUUGUCAGGUCAGAUCAGUAGAAACAGAGGCCACACUCCCAGUCGCACUGUUUGCCCAAAAAAAUGGUUGUGAGAUUCACUGUUGGGGGAAAAAGGGAACCCUAACCCUAGUAAGAACAUAGAGUACAGUUCAUCAUCAUUUUCUUUCCUCAGGAUGAAGAGCAAUCCCUUAAGACAUGCCAUGUGCGUGCGGUGCACAGCAUAAUGCACAACAUUACGAGGCUACGCGCGUGUCUCUUUUCUCAUUAUCAAAAAGAACAUACAGGGAGAAGCCCACAUACGGAGGGUUGUGUUGAGGGGUUGUUGGUUGGGGACAACAUGUGCAUAUGAACCGGAUCAGCGCCGCAUGCAGGACAAUCUUAUACUAUACUUCAAAGCCACCGCUCAGCAUCCGCACAAAGGAGCCAGUCAUGUCAGCCUUGGAGUGAAAGGGAAAAGAGUGAGGGAGGGAGGGAGAGGGACUGAUGAAAAAUGCAAAUCUCUCUCACAACAGACGGGAAGCUCUGUGCACAGACAGCACAAUUCACUGAAAAAGAAGUAGC